AUGGUAACCGGCAAGUCGCACGGUGCUGAAGCGUUCCAAUCGCUUCCGCCGACAGCACAUCAGCCUGAAGCCAACCCCGCUUCGCCGCCGUCACGACGAGACCUUACAACCUGGUGGAGACAGUUUAAGAGGAAUACAAGGAAGGAGGAGCCGAAAGAGAACACACGCCAGGGCAUCUUCGGCGUUCCACUCAAAGUCAGCAUCAAGUAUGCGAAUGUCGCUAUCUCGCUCACAAACGAUAAUGGAGAGAGCUUUAUCUAUGGGUAUGUGCCCAUAGUCGUCGCCAAAUGCGGAGUGUUCUUGAAAGAAAAAGCGACGGAUGUUGAGGGUAUCUUCCGACUCAAUGGAUCCGCGAAACGUAUCAAGGAUUUGCAGGAGGUGUUCGAUUCUCCCGAGCGAUACGGAAAAGGAUUAGAUUGGACCGGAUACACUGUGCAUGAUGCUGCAAAUGUUCUUCGGCGCUACCUCAACCAGCUACCUGAACCGAUUGUUCCCUUGGAAUUCUACGAACGAUUUAGAGAACCCCUGCGCAAAUUCCAGGCUCGCGCCCAAGAAAAUGGGUCGCCUCCAGAAUCGCAAGCGGACGAGCAUUCGAGUGCGGUUGCCGCUUACCAGCAGCUUAUCAGAGAGCUUCCUCCUUUGAACAAGCAGUUACUGCUCUACAUUCUUGAUUUGCUGGCAGUUUUCGCGUCAAAAUCCGACCAGAACCGCAUGAACUCGGCCAAUCUUUCUGCCAUCUUCCAGCCCGGCUUACUCUCUCACCCACAGCAUGACAUGUCGCCAGACGAGUACAAGUUGAGCCAGGACGUGUUGAUUUUUCUGAUCGAAAACCAGGACCAUUUCCUUGUUGGCAUGAAUGGUACGGCCGCGGAUGAGCAAACCGUCAAAGAAGUAGAAUCUGGUAAUACCAGGCCGCCGACAUCACAGUCGACGGUUCGCCGCUCAGUAUCGAGCGCUAGCGGGGGAGCGGACAGCUUCCGAAAGUAUGGGUCUAUACGGAGGAAUGUCUCUAUUUCAUCCAAGAACUCGCGUGCCUCCAACAAUGCCUCUAAUCCUGCGACCCCGACGUCCUUAGGAGGUUCAGGAGUGCACAGGAGUAACACCUUACCGUCCAAAAUGUCACCUGCAAUUCCGCCGCCACGGUACAGCCGAGUUGUUGAGUCCACAAAUCUAAACUCUCCCGGUCCGACAACUACGCAACAUUCUCGAUCCUCAAGCCGCACGCCUCCGUCUACUGGCGUCGCUUUGCAGACCCCACCGCCGCCUGCAAAUCCAGAGGCCACCCCAGGAGCCGUGUACGUUCACUCGGCUAAACAUGGACCAACGCCAAAGCCGUCUACCGACAUUGAGCGUGUUCCCGAGAAGCCUGUUCAACACAUUGCUUUGCCACCCACAACAGUUUCGCCCUCACCACCCGCUGUUGUUACGCCUACAAAAGAGCGGAAGCUCUCCAGUUUUUUCACAAAGUCUCCUCCCCCAGGUGGGGACAAAGAGCCGCGGCAGCCAAAUAGACUGAAGAAGAAGCGGAUUCCUGGAAGUACGAGUGAGAGCGCACAUAGCUCCUCAGUCUCUCUUCAGGCCGCAACCUCCGAGUCCGCUUUGAUCGCCUCUCAAGUCCCCGCCCGCUCAGAGUCUUCUAAUGACGAUGGAGGCGCCACACCCAAGCCACCUAACAACCUGAACCAUGAGGAAUUUGACAUCCAGCGGGUCGGACGACCCGAGAAGCGGGAUGGCCAUUCUGAAGGAGGGACCACGGACGCGCUCCGCCCGCACGGCUCACGAACGCCUUCUAUGAACUCUCGUUCAUCCUUUACAGACUAUUCUGAUGUUGACCACAACGACGAGGCCGCGCGUGCGGAGCGCAAAGACCACCGCCGAAGCUGGCGAUUCCCGCGAUCCGCCAAGCGAAGCAACGAACAAAUCGGCCUGGGAUUAGGAUCACCACCACUCACUGCUUCAAGCCCUGGAGCAGAUCGCAGUACAAGCUCAAUUGGCAGCUGGCACCACACCAGCAAAAGUUCCCCGUCCGAUCUGCAACAGUUUGCCAACGAUCCCUCUUAUCAGCCACUGAGUUUAGAUGCAGAAGUCCACAACAAUGGUGCCUCCAAGGAGAACCUAGUCUCCGAACCCGAAAAACGAAGUCUUUUUGGGAAGUUCAAGGCCAAGGUUGCACAGGUCCGAGACGGUGUGAGGGAGCCGGAAAGGGAUCGGACCACAAGCCCUGCUGCCCGUUCAGACGUAGAAAAAUCUACGUCUAGUCAGAAUUUACCUCUUCCUACCAAGGAGAACGCAAGUCAUCGACCGGUUCCGAUCGACGUGAACCGUGAGCCAAAGGAUGCGCAAGUGAGCUCACCAGUAUCUCCUCUGCCGAGCUCAGGAUUGCCUCCAGCUAUCCCAGAAGAACCCCGCACUCCUGACAGUCCUGUGCACCCAUUUAAUCCGAUUGAGAAGACCGACGAAAAGCCACUUGAAAAGGUUGAUGAGAAGGCCGAUGAUGAAGCAGUCGAGCAAGCUGCUCCCACAGAGGUCAUUCAACCUGAAACACCUGCCGUCGAAAACAAAAAGGAGGCCGAGAAAACCGAGUCCACACUUCAAACCCAAUAA